AGCAAAUCUCCUGAACUACAAACGAGCGUGGCUAGCAGACGUGAGAAUAGCGAGCUAGCUAGGUGUAGCUGUCAUUCAGGGCACAUAUAACUGCUGGAGAAGAGACUGUUAACCUCGGGGAGCGACAUGCUGUGACUGAUCGGUGUCCUCAAGUUGCAGCAACAAUGUUGCUCUCAGCGAGCGCUUUGGUGAGGACCGCUGUCAAGCUGAUGCCACGGACCUGGAGUGGAGGAUGUAUUUGGUGCCUGUGCAGAAACAUUUCUGUGAAACCUGGCGGGUUGAAGCCAAAGACGGUUCCACCUCGUUACCUUGGCCAGCCCAGUCCUUUCACUCAUCCACACCUCAUCAAACAUGGUGAGGUAACCCCAGGUUUAAGCCAGACGGAAUAUGAGCUCCGCAGACACCGACUGGCCUCACUUAUCGAGGCUCAGGCCGAAAGACUCGGACCUUCUGCUUCCUCCAGCACCCAUGUGGCCAUCAUUUUGUCUCACCCAACUAGAUACAUGACCAAUGACAUCCCUUAUCCCUUCCAUCAGAACCAGGAUUUCCUCUACCUCAGUGGUUUCCUCGAACCUGACAGUGCCUUGGUUCUUCACGGGAAGGGUCGACCAGACCAGGCUAUUUUGUUCGUCCCUCGCAGAGACCCGGGGAGAGAACUGUGGGACGGACCGCGGUCUGGGAAGGAUGGAGCAGCUGCUUUGACUGGCAUAGAGAGAGUUCAUAGCAUAGAAGAACUGGGUGUUGUACUCAAGAGCCUGAAAGGCAUGCUGUGGUACGAUACUUCUCAGCCGGCUCACCCUCGGCUCCACCAGGCUCACGUGUGUCCCGUUCUGGAGGCGGGGCCGACACCGCGCACUCUCAGACCUCUCAUACACUCUCUCAGGGCCCUCAAAAGCUCAGCCGAAGUGGCUCUCAUGCAAGAGGCGGGUCGAAUCACGGCACAGGCUUUUAGGAGGACAAUGGCUCUGUCUCAAGGACAUGUGGAUGAAGCUGUUCUGUUUGCUAAGUUUGAUUUUGAGAAUCGGAUCCAUGGUGCUAACUUUCUUGCGUACCCUCCGGUGAUUGCUGGAGGAAAUCGAGCUAACACUCUGCACUACAUAAAUAACAACCAAAUAAUCAAGGAUGGUGAAAUGGUGUUGCUGGAUGGUGGUUGCGAAUACUUUGGUUAUGUCAGCGAUAUCACUCGAACAUGGCCAGUAAAUGGAAAAUUCAGUCCUGCACAGAUUGAGCUCUACGAAUCCGUCCUGGAGGUCCAGCGCUCCUGUUUAUCUCUUUGCUCUCCAGGCGUCAGUCUGGAUCACAUCUACAGCACCAUGCUGGCUCUGCUGGGACGACAGCUUAAGCGGCUUGGCAUCCUUGAGGCCAGUACCAGCGAUGCUGAGGCGCUAAAGGCUGCAAGGCGGUACUGCCCCCACCACGUUGGCCAUUACCUGGGCAUGGAUGUCCACGACACUCCUGAGCUAUCUCGCUCGCAACCUCUUCAGCCAGGAAUGGCCAUCACCAUAGAGCCAGGGCUAUACAUCUGUGAAGACAACGACCAAGCGCCGAAGCACUUUCGAGGCCUGGGUGUCAGGAUUGAGGAUGACGUGGUGAUCAGAGAGAAGGGAGGACCUCUGAUUCUGUCCUCUGAUGCACCAAAGACCAUCGCUGAUGUAGAGCGGGCCUGUGCACAGCGAUAGAGCAGGGAGAGAAAGAGAACUGGCCGAGUGCUACUCACUGCUAUCUGUUUAUAUCAUGAGACUCAGGGCCAUGGUGCAUUACAGGUGGGAGCACACUAUAAGACUUUAGUUUUUAAGUCACAACAACCUGUUAUCCUCACUACUGUCUAUGAAAUACUGGCUGCAUUAGAACAACUCAGCUCCAAGACAUAAAACCAAACAGCCAAACAUAAAGUUGCAAUUCUUUAUUUACAAAAAAAGGCAGAUUACAGAUUCUUCUAUCAGUGAGCUAAAUCUGACACUAAAGUCUAAAUCAACAUCUACAAACAACAGCUAACAUCCAGCUACCAUGAAAGUAUUUUACGUCAUAAAACCUGUUUGAUUCUCAUCAUGUUUUCUGAACUAUGGUUCAUUUUCUUAUCUCACUGAAGAAGUUGCACACAGAAGUGCAUAAUUGUUUUCCAACUCAUACUGCAGUACAAAGAAUCCAAACCCUGAAUACUGAACAGACUGUCUGAAAAGGCUGCUCGUCAUAAAUCUGGAGUUAUUGUGAUGUCUUCAUUGAUCUGCUGAAUGUGAAAAAGGUCACAAGAGUGUCAGUGUGUGUUGGAUUUUGUUUUUCUUUUAGCAGAGAGGAGAGUUGUGUUGUUUUCUAACUUAUUGUGUAUUAAAAUAUUUCCAAUAUUUCUUUCAUAACUAAUAAAUUCAAUGGGUAUAACUUGGGUUACUUAGGGAGGAUGUUUUGUUGAUUGAUCAUAGGGAGAGAUGACCUUUCCUUCACUAUAUUAUAAGGGUCAGUUGUCCCCUUAUGUCUUGGACAAAAAGGACUGUUUUGUAGGACCAUUCAUUCAAUUCAGUUUUUAUCUACAUGGUGCCAAAUCACGACAGAAUUCACUUCAAUUUGCUUUAUAUUAUAAAGUAAAGACCCUACAAUAGGCAGGAAAAAAAAACUAAUUUUUAACAGGAAGAAAGUUUGAGUGAUACCAGACUGUGGACAGAUAAGCCCUAAUUCAAUGCUUUAUCAAAAAUGAAAGUUUUAAGCCUAAUCUUAAAAGUAGAGAGGUGGUCGUCUCCUGAAUCCAAACUGGGAGCUGGUUCCAGAGAAGAGGGGCCUGAAAGCUGAAGGCUCUGCCUCCCAUUCUACUUUUAAAUACUCUGGAAACCUUAAGUAAGCCUGUAGUGUGAGAGCCAAGUGCUCUUUUGGAAUAAUAAAAGUCAUGAAAUGCUUUGGUCCUAUUGUCAAGCCUCAAGGUUUAAAUUUAAAAGAUCUCAGUGCAUUUCAGGUGACGGCUGGUAUAUUUAUACUUACUCUCUAAGUAGUAUAUUUUUAAUAAAAAAUAAUAUUUAAUAUUUAAUGUCAAAGUCAGGGAAAGUUUUUGGUGGUUAAUCUGAAUAUAUAUGUUGCUUGAAUGAAGACGGAGAGUAUUAGUAUUAAUGCAGUAUUAGUAUUAGUUCACUGUCAAUUACAGACCUUAUCAUCACAGGGCUUUGUGCAUUCCUGUGGAGUACUAAGUUCACUCUUAUUGGUUCCAUAGAAACUCAGAGGGUAAUCAAAAGCACUUGAUUAAUUGAUCAUAACAGGUGUGCUUUGUGCGGGUUCAUUUGUGGAAUUUCUUGCCUUCUUAAUGAGGUUGGGACCAUCAGUUGUGUUUUUCAGAAGUCAGGUUGACAGCCCUAUUUGACAACUGUUAGAAUUCAUAUUGUGGUAAGAACCAAUCGGCUAAGUAAAGAGAAAUGACAGUCCAUCAUUACUUUAAGAGCUGAAGGUCAGUCAGUCUGAAAAAAUUGCUAAAACUCUGAAUGUGUUCCCAAGUGCAGUCGCAAAAACCAUCAAGCGCUUAACAGCACUUCAGAUUAGAACCCAAAUAAAUGCCACACAGAGUUCCAGCAGCUGACACAUCUUUACAUCAACUGUUCAGAGGAGACUGUGUGAAUCAGGCCUUUGUGGUCAAAUAGCUGCUAAGAAACAGCUACUAAGGAAAAGCAACAAGCAGAAGAGAUUUGUUUGGGCCAAGAAACACCAGGAACGGACAUUAGACCAGUGGAAAUCUGUGCUUUUUGUUGGUCUCUGCAUGCAUGGUUCCCACUGUGAAGCAUGGAGGAGGAGAUAUGAUGGUGUGGGGCUGCUUUGCUGGUCACACUGUGGGGGAUUUAUUCAAAAUUGAAGACACACUGAACCAGCAUGGUUACCACAGCAUCCUGCAGCGACAUGCCAUCUCAUCUGGUUUGUGUUUAGUUGGACCAUCAUUUAUUCUUCAACAGGACAAUGACCCCAAACACACCUCCAGGAAGUGUAAGGGCCAUUUGGAGAAGAAGGAGAGUGAUAGAGUGCUGCACCAGACGGCCUGGCCUCCACAGUCACCUGACCUAAACCCAGUCGAGAUGGUUUGAGAUGAGAUGGACUGCAGAAUGAAGGCAAAAGGGACAACAAGCACCCAGCAUCUCUGGAACUCCAAGACUGUUGGAAAACCAUUUCAGGUGACGACCUCAUGAGGGAAUGGAGAAAAUGCAGGAGUGUGCAAAGCAGUAAUCAAAGCAAAGGGUGGCUAUUUUGAAUCUAAAAUAUAAAACUUGUUUUGAAUUGUUUCACACUUUUUUAUUUACUACAUAAUUCCAUAUGUGUUCAUUCAUAGUUUUGAUCCCUUCAGUGAGAAUCUACAAUGUAAAUAGUCAUGAAAAUAAAUGAGAAGGUGUGUCCAAUCUUUUAACUGGUAGUGAAUGUCAAUCAGGAGAAUAUUAGAAACCAUUUUAAACAUAAUGCAGUCUAGUACAUUAUCUUGAAUGAUAAUAUUAUUUUUGACACUGGGAAAAGGAAACUGGGAGCUUAGUGCAUAAUAUAUAGUAUAUUUUAAAUAUCACUACUUUGCAUUAACAUAAAACACCUAUGUAAAAUGAACAUAUGUGUUAAACUGAUUACAAUAAAAAUGGCUGCAUUCCAUUUAAUUUUUUAUAAAUCCAUAUAAUACCACGUUUUGUUUUGGUUUUUAAUAAGAAAAGAUAUUGUUUCACAAUUUUAUUUUUGUAAAAUUUGAUUCUUAUCAGUUCACAACAUGAGUUAAAUCCAUAGAACGUAGAUUUGGAAGCUGAGCAGAGGAUUGGAAAUCAGCUUGUGCUAUAACACAGAUGCUGAACUCACGCCUCGGAAUAACACACUAAAAAUACUGCAUUUUAUGCAGCUGUAAAACAGCUUGUUUCCUUUUAAGCGCUGUUUUCAAUAA